AGAGCGCACUUCCGGUGAGCGUCGGCUUCCUUCUCUUGCGCCUCCAUGUUAAUGGCGGUAGCGGUUGCCUCAGUGGGACUCUAAUUCGGCCUUGAAAGGGAGUAGCUCUUUCUUUCGGUUUCCGUCUGCCCCAGUCAGCACUCGCGCCCGCGCCCUCCCUCGCCAGCAUGUCUGUUGUGCCGCCCAACCGUUCGCAGACGGGCUGGCCCCGGGGUGUGAAUCAGUUUGGGAACAAAUACAUCCAGCAGACCAAGCCUCUCACCCUGGAGCGCACCAUCAACCUAUAUCCACUUACAAAUUAUACUUUUGGUACAAAAGAGCCCCUUUAUGAAAAGGACAGCUCUGUUGCAGCUCGAUUUCAGCGAAUGAGGGAGGAAUUUGACAAGAUUGGAAUGAGGCGGACUGUAGAGGGUGUUCUGAUUGUGCAUGAGCACCGGUUACCUCAUGUAUUACUCCUGCAACUGGGCACAACUUUUUUCAAGCUACCUGGUGGUGAACUUAAUCCAGGAGAAGAUGAAGUAGAAGGACUCAAACGUUUAAUGACAGAGAUACUGGGACGUCAAGAUGGAGUUCUGCAAGACUGGGUCAUUGAUGAUUGCAUUGGUAACUGGUGGAGACCAAAUUUUGAACCCCCACAGUACCCAUAUAUUCCAGCACAUAUUACAAAACCUAAAGAGCACAAAAAACUCUUUUUGGUUCAGCUUCAAGAAAAAGCCUUGUUUGCGGUCCCCAAAAAUUACAAACUGGUAGCUGCGCCAUUGUUUGAAUUAUAUGACAAUGCACCAGGAUACGGACCUAUCAUUUCCAGCCUUCCUCAGCUUUUGAGCAGGUUCAAUUUUAUUUACAACUGAAUUCCUGAGUCGUGGAAGAAUAAAAGAAGCCGUCUCUGUGAGCACAGCUAUACAAUGUAGAAGAAUAAACAGAAUAGGAAGUUUCUUUUUGUUCUCUCUCUCCCCUCCCCCUUCUUUUUUCCCCAAAUUGCCUCAUACUUUAUAUUGUUUGCAUAGUAAAGUGAAUCUGAAGAACUGUCCUAGAUAGUGGUGUAAACAAAUGUGAUAAUGUAUAUUUCACUUUUGGUUCUACCCAUACUUUUUGUACAACAUUAAACAAAGUGGACCUAUUUCUAUUUGCAUUUUUUACUUUACAUUAAAUCUUUGCUUUUUAAAUCCUUUACAAGGUAAGGAUCAUAAUGCUCCCUUUUAGGCUGGUGGUUAUUAAUGGGAAACUGGAGACCCUUUUGUAAUAUCAUUCUAGGGGUUCUUGAAGCAUAGUCAUGUUUUAGGAAAGAUUGAUGAUGAGAUUUUUCAGUUACUUCUGAGAACUAGGUUCUCCUCGCGUGGAAUCUAAGGAUUCUUCAAAUAAAUUAUAGAUCCUCAAAAAUUUACUUGGAAAUUGGUGAAACUACAUUUCAGAAUUAAAAUAAGUCUAAAAUGAGACUACUGUUCAAUUUUUUAUUUAAUGAGAAGGUAAGUAUGUAUGUUGUGAUACUUUGUUUAAUACAAAAACAUGCUAUUUAAUAUGGACCUAUUUUUCCAAAUUAUAUUUUAAAACUAGUAAAAAGAGUGACCUAUAAUGGUUGGUUGACACCCUUUAAAGAACAACAGGUUUUUUAUGGUCUUUUUUUUUUCCCACUGGACAUUUUGGUGCUUUGAGACAUAGGUAUAACAUCAUAAUAUUAACCAAAAUAUGUUUGUGUGCAAAUGAUGAGCACAUAAUUAUGGAUAUUAACACUGAAAAUUUUAUUCGUGAUAUUUUUGUAGUAAUCCAGAUUAAUUUAGCAGUUAAGGAGAGAAGUUAACUUUUUGUAUGUUCGAGUAAAAAUACAUCCAUCAAAUGAAGACUUUAAAAUUUGUGCCUAAUUAAGUUUAAAUUUAUUUGAAAAAGUUUUAUGAAGGAAGUACUUUCUCCUAAUACAAAAUAUCUGCUUUUUAAGGAUGUGUGCACAUGAUUAAGAUUUUAAUAUAGAAAUUGUUGAUGGGCUUUACUGGAACUGAAUCAAGAGCCAAUUUUAGCAACUAAUAGUUAAAGUUUAUAUAAUUAGGUAUAAAAUUAAUAUGUAGCUGUAAAUUGAUCUUAUAAAUGAAUUCUCUUGGGUCCUUAAUUAUCUCUGAUACUUCGUACAGUAAUUCUCUGCUAAAUAAUCCCAGAUGUGGGAAUUAAGCAUUGUUCUAAAUUCUUUUUCCAAUUGAAAAGCAAUGCAUUUUUACUUGCUUUUUGCUUAAAUUGAAAUAUUUUUUUCAAAAGAAUCCUGUAGAAUUGAGUUAAGACCAUACUUAUGUGCUUUCAUGUACUGGAAUAUCACCUGAAACUUUGAUCGUGCUUACUUGCUUUUAUGACCAAAUAGUGCCAUUCAUCUGAUAAGUCAUUCAGGAGUUAUGGAUUGGCUUUGGGUGCCAUCAUUAUGUACUCAAUGUAACUUUGUUGAAGAGUCCCCGUUCAGAAAGGAGGGAGGAAGGGGGAAAUUGUUCAUUGAAAAAACCAUAUAGCUAAAUUGCUUUUAUGUUUACUUGACCUUGUUUCACAGGCAGUACUGUCUAUCCCUCUUUUCAAUACUGUAGAAAGUUGUAAACUCUACUGUUCUUUGAAUAAGCGCAUACUUGCUUCAGCAAGGAAAACCAUGUAUAAACACACCUAGGUCUUUCUUGAUGUACUUUUUGAGGAGGGGAGUUCUUUGUGUGUCUGUGGUGUGUGUGUGUGCUUGUGCACGGUUGUGUUGGGUUUUUUUUGUUGUUGUUUUUUUAAAUCUCGGUCACAUAUUUUUUUUUUUUCUAGUUCAGUUGUGUUCUUCAUACCUUUAGCAUUUACCAUGUAGCUACUUCCUGCCUGACCAACAGGAUACAAUUUAGCCUUUCAAUGAACACAGUCAUCUUUAUAUCGGAAGCUGUUGGAGGGGAGGGAGGGAGGGAUUGAAUUCUGUGAAUAGGACUUUAUGCCACCUGCAUUGAAUUAAUUUAGCUUUGGAUAAAUUUAGUUAAAUUUUGUUUUAAUAGUUAAGUAGUCAUUAAAGUUAUAUAAAAUUAGAAUUCGAUUGGAUUGUAUUUUUUCCCCCCUCUCUCUCUGAACUUGUUACCAUUUAUUUGGAUAGUGACCACAAUUAUAUAGCUAAUUCCAGUCUAGUUCUUUCAUAUGUUUUCUAGUUCUUGCAGACUUUAAAAUCUCCCUUUAAAGGCAACAGAUCUGCAGUAAAUAAAAUCAGGCAUAUUCCUAUGUUAAUGUAAAAAUUUUCUGAGCAUUAUUAAGUCUCCAUGAUAUGUGAAUUAAUAACAGUAAAAUGCAUGUUCUUUGUAUAUAUUCAAUACUAAUUUAAAAAUUAAUAAAAUUUACUAUAGGCCAGUUGUUAAAAUUUCUAUUCGGUGAGAUUCAUUUAUCAAGUAUUGAGCUCUUACCAGGCAAAAGACAAAUUAGAUUCCUUGUUUAAUAACUGCAAUAUUGAUAUAUCUUUCAAUAUUCAAAGAAAGUUUUAAUUUUUCUGGCUGUAAUAAUCAGUGAUUUCCAAAUAGCACUUAAAAGUAUUCAGUAAACUGGGGAGGGAAAUCUAUAUUCAUUUGCCUUAAGAUGUCUUCAGUGUCAAAAAUACCUUUUUAUGUGGCUUUUUUAAAAUGUUUGAUUACAAAAAUAAAUAGCAAAAGUCUUUAGUAGUCUCUUACAGCUUAGAAGUACUAAGACUUGUGACACUGUAUAUACUAGGUGACUACAAUGUAAUAUGUUAAUUUGGAUUCGAAAAUGCCAAGUUUAACGUAGUAGAUGGAGAAAUUUUUCUAUGAUAAAUCACUUUGCCAUCCCUAUAUCUUGCCAUUAUUUUGUUUUGGUGCUUUAAGUAAAAAUUUAACUUUUGAGUACUGCACAUGAAGAGAGUGUAACUCAGUUUUCUUAGUGGGCUUAUAGUUUUCAAUCUUUAGUGAGAAACUAUGAAGCUUUCCAAAUGACAGCUU